AUGGGCAGAUUUCAUCCUAAACGUCUCCUCUUAGGCGCCUUCGUUCUUCUCCUGAUCUAUGUUCAUAUUCGGCACUCCCACAACAACGAAUUCUACACCAAGACCGUGAAAGCACUCGACAAGAAGAAAAAAGACCAAGCAUUGAAAGCGGAGACAGACGCCAAAGUGCAACAAAUACUCAACGACAAGAAUCCACAGGUUGCAACCUCCCUUUCAGGACCACAACCCGCCGCAGCCACAGUCUCGGAAUCAAACCCACGCCUUCCGCCUGACCCACCAUCCCCUCCGACCCAGCCACAAGACGAAAAUCAGAAAAAGGUCGCAGCAGACAAACCGAAAUAUGUCAAAGACACCACCGCGUCCCCCACUUCGCUCUCCCCCAACCCAACCACCCAACCCGACCCACCCCACCUCGCCCAGGUCCGCGCAGCCCUCGACGAAAUAGUCCACCACCACAGCAUCGUAAUCUUCUCCAAAACCUACUGUCCACACUCGCGGCGCGCAAAGUCACUCCUCCUAGACACCUACGACAUUGUCCCCCAACCCUACGUCGUGGAACUCGACACGUGGACCGAACCCGCGCGGAAAGGAAGUGGAGAAGUUCGGGAUGGCGAGGUGGUUGAAGAGAACAUUCCAACGAUGGGCAGAGCGUUACAGGAUCUUCUGGCGCAGCGGACGGGCAGGAAGACCGUGCCGAAUAUACUGGUGUUGGGGAUGAGUCUAGGAGGGGCGGACGAGGUGGUGAAGUUGCAUGAGGAGGGCAAUUUAGCUGGCAAGUUGAAAGGGAUGGUGGGGAAGAGGCUGGAAAGGUGUGAAAAGAGAGUUUCUAGGAGUGGUGAUGGUGCGGAUGGGAAGGGUGGGCAUGGCGCUUUGUGA